GUCCAGAACUGCCCGAAUGGACCUACCUGGUUAUCGCCCACAGCUGCCCCAGCCUCUUGUCCGCCACCCUGGUAACUGUACGGAUAAUCUGUUAAAUUUGGAGGGAUCAUCAACAUCUCAGGAGUUAAAAACAGAGCCAGAUGGUAGACCAGAGUCAGAGGAGGGCUGUCCCAUCUGUGGAGACAGAGUAUCGGGGUACCACUAUGGACUGCUCACUUGUGAAAGCUGCAAGGGCUUCUUUAAACGCUCAGUGCAGAAUAACAAACAUUACACCUGUGCAGAACAACAGAGCUGCCCCAUGAACCUUUCCCAGAGGAAACGUUGUCCUUCCUGCCGCUUCCAGAAGUGUUUGGCAGUGGGCAUGAAAAGAGAAGCUGUAAGAGCAGAUCGUAUGAGAGGCGGCAGGAAUAAAUUUGGCCCUUUGUAUCGGCGGGACAGGCAGAUGAAACAGCAAAGGCUGUAUCACCAAGCAAACACUGCUCCCUACAGGAUUAAGAUGGAAACUACACAAACACACCGGCCAACAGCUCCAAAUGACCUUCACGUAAUGAGCAGCCAUACAAGUGCUUCAUUGUCCUCUGAUGUUUUUCAUCAAUCCCACAUGUGUCCAUCUAGCAUGGGCCAGUCGGGAGCAUCCAUGCCUCUGGACUGCACCUUGAACACAGAGAGGGUGCUCACUCCUCCAUCUUUGCCCUGCCCAGGACUGUACCACCGCACAUUCCCUGGAUUUGUCCAGGAGAAAGGAGAAAUGUCUUUUUGGUGCAGCCUGGCUCCUGCAAACUAUCCAAUGCACCCAACCCCAAAUAAUUCAGUAACACCAAAAAGCACCCCAGCAUCGUCCCCCUGCUCAACACCAAGCUCAACCACUCCUCUCUCCCAAGCUCUCAUCCAAACCCCAGACACUCCCCCGUCAGCCACUCUUACAGCCAACUUCCUAAGCCAACUCCUGGAGGGGGAGCAGGAUGAGAGCCAGUUGUGUGCCAAGGUCCUGGCCAGCCUGCAGAGAGAACAGGCCAACCGAGGCAAACAUGACCGCCUAAAUACAUUUAGCAUCAUGUGCAAAAUGGCUGACCAGACUCUGUUUGGGCUUGUGGAGUGGGCCAGGAACACUACACUCUUCAAGGAAAUCAAGGUGGAAGACCAGAUGGUGCUGCUCCAGAGCUGUUGGAGUGAGUUACUGGUCCUAGACCACCUCUGUAGACAGGUGACCUAUGGCAAAGAGGGCUGUAUAUAUCUGGUCACAGGACAACAGAUUGAGGUGUCGACCAUUAUCUCUCAGGCAGGAGUGACACUGAAUAGCCUGGUAUCGAGGACCCAAGACCUGGUAUCCAAACUGAAGGCACUCCAGUUUGACAGACAUGAGUUUGUCUGUCUCAAAUACUUGGUGCUAUUCAACCCUGAUGUGAAGUCCGUGCACAGCCGCAGGCAGGUGGAGCAGACUCAAGAGAGGGUGAACAGGGCACUGAUGGAGCACACCCAGCGGAGUCAUCCAGGAUACUCUGACAAGUUCGGCCAGCUGCUCCUCCGGCUGCCUGAGGUACGCAGCAUUAGCUUGCAGGUUGAGGAGUAUUUGUACCAGCGCCAUCUUCUGGGAGAUUUACCCUGCAACUCUCUACUCACGGAGAUGCUUCACGCCAAGCACAACUAA